AUGCCUUCUGUAUUAGGGAAAAGAACGCGCAGUACAACGAUAGCAGAUUUCAAAGUACCAUCAACACGCGCAAAACGCCAAAUAGGAACAGAGAUAUACAAUGACGAGAACGAAAGCCCUUUUAUCACCCGCAGUAGGCGUGAUGAGGUCGACGACUCCGAUGCCGAUUCUAAUGAUAUUGACGGAUUGUCGGAACCUGCACCCGUCAAGUCCUCACCCUCAAAACAUGGACUCGCAGGCCGAAAAAUCGCAUUGUCGAGGACAUCAAAAGAUGAACCUUCUAAACCCGUCCAGAACCCUACUCCUCAAACACCUCGACAUCGCGAUGCGCUCUCCAAAAAAGUACAGAUAACUCCUCGACAUCGUGUCACUAUCACUGGCAAGCCAUUGACUCCUCGGACUCCGCGGACUCCUGUAACACCCGGCGGUUCUAUUACUACAGUAUAUAGUCAAGCUCGACAAAUUUUUACACGCAGCUCGGAGCCUGGACGACUUGUUGGCAGAGAAGCUGAAAAGGGCGAAUUGAAAACUUUUGUACAAGAUUGUGUCGAUAAAACAAGUGGAGGAUGUAUAUAUGUUAGCGGUCCACCUGGAACUGGAAAGAGUGCUAUGAUCAACGAAGUCACGACAGAUUAUGAAGAAUCGACCACAUUGCGCAAAACGUAUGUCAAUUGUAUGAGUAUGAAAACCUCGAAGGACUUGUAUAGUAUACUGUUGGAGUCUUAUUGUGGCGAGGAAGAAGUUUUGGAGGGCGAUGAAGAGAAGACUUUGCAAAAUAUGUUUGUUUCGAGGAAGAAGACUAAGAAUGUUUACCUCGUUACCCUGGAUGAAAUCGACCAUAUUCUCACUUUGGAUCUGGAGAUACUAUACAAGCUUUUCGAAUGGUCUUUACAAAAGUCAUCGCGCCUCAUUCUAAUCGGCAUUGCAAAUGCAUUGGACCUUACGGAUCGUUUCUUACCACGACUUAAGGCCCGCAACCUACAACCACAACUACUGCCAUUUCUUCCUUACACCGCAUCGCAGAUCAAAAAUGUCAUCAUGACACGUCUCAAGUCACUUGUUCCCGCGGAUAGCGCAACUCUAAAUUAUGUACCAUUCCUCCACCCAGCAGCCAUCGAACUCUGCUCGCGAAAAGUGGCAAGCCAGACGGGAGAUUUGCGCAAAGCCUUUGAUAUAUGCCGAAGAGCAAUCGAUCUGAUCGAGACCGAAACCAAGCAAAAGCACGAACAAGAACUCAAAGAGCAAGUUCUCCUCGAUAGCCCCUCCAAACGAAUCCUGGAAGACAACAUCAAUCUCUCAUCCAUCCGCAACACCCCCAGCAAAAAUGCCUUCCGCCCAAGAACCCUAGCCCAAUCCCUGGCAACCCUCACAGUCGAGACUGCUCCCCGCGCAAGUAUAUCCCACGUCAACAAAAUCACCGCAUCUACAUUCGGCCACGGCUCCACACAACGACUCAAAACCCUCAACCUCCAACAAAAAGCCGCGCUUUGCGCCCUCGUCGCCCUCGAAUCCCGCAAUCGCUCCCAAUCCUCUAAUCUCCUCGCCACGCCCUCCAAAUCCCAUCAUCUCGCUCCCACCAUCAAACGAUUAUACAACACAUACAGCAUGCUCUGCACGCGCGACGCAAUUCUGCAUCCAUUAACGAGCACGGAAUUUCGAGAUGUGGUAGGCAGUUUAGAAACAUUAUCAUUGGUUGCGGCGGUGGAUGGAAAGAAUGGAUCAUUUGUGUUGGGGGUAGGAGCCAGAGGAAGACCAGGAAGAAAGAGUUUCGGGACGGGGGUCGGGGUGGGUGAUGAGAAGAGAGUGGCAAGUUGUGUGGGGGAAAAGGAAGUAGCGGCGGCGGUGGAGGGGCUCGGAGCUGGCAUCUUGAAGAGUAUUUUGAGUGGGGAGGGUUUGGAUUAG